AUGUCCGACGUUUUCUUACCUCAAGUCUCUAAAAGAGAUAAAAGAAAGAAUUCCAUUUAUUCUUUAAACGAACAACUCUUUUCUGAUAGUUGUAAAACUCCUGAUCCUUAUUCAACCACUCCUUCUCAAGGGACAUUUCGUUAUUCAAGUACAGACAUACUCAAUUUUUCAGUAUUACCAGACGAUUCAUAUACUGUAUUUACAACUCCAUAUAGAGGAAACUCAAAAAAAUCACAAGAAGAAGAGAUGCGUAAAUUUUUAUUUAACUUUCCAUCUCUGUUAUUAAAUUCUUAUUGUACUGCUUUAAUAAAAAAUGAUGGAAACCCUUAUCAUAUUAAAGUUUUAUUAGAAUUUUAUUCAUCUCGAGGAAAACUUAUUGAUCUUCUUACUAAUUUAGCGUAUGACGAAAUUGAUGGCUGUAAUAUAAAUAAUCAAAUAUUUCGAGGAAACACAUUGUUUACUAAAAUUUAUGCUGAGUAUUUACGUCGUUAUUGUUCUGAAUUUCUUGCUUCUUCAACAUUACAAUUUAUAGAAUUAUUAAAAACUAAUAAACAUUAUCUUGAUGGAUUUUCUUUACCAAAAGAAAGUGAGGGAUAUCGUUCAUGCUUUAGAGAAGGAAUGAGACAUUAUGUUAAAUUGUUAGAACAAUCAAAAAGACUCUUUCCUGCUCAUCUUCGUGAAAUAAUAAAAAACAUCUUUUUUAAAGUAAAAUCAAACAGAGGAGAACAACAGGCAAUUAGAACAAUUUCUACAUUAUUAUAUCUUCGAUAUUUAUUUAUUCCAUUUGCUACUUACCCAUCGUUAUUAGUUGAAAUUCAAAAAGUAGUUACUGAAACAACAAAACGAGAUCAUUUAAUUCUUUAUUCUCCAAUACCUAAAGAAAAACAAUUUUGUUCAGAAUUUAUUCAUUUUAUAGAAAGAACAUUAAUUAGUGUUAUAACUGGUCCUACUUCUUUUAGUACAUCAAUAAGAGGUAUUAGUGCUUUAAAUCAAGAAAAAAGUUUGGUUAGUUUGGUUAGUAUUAUUCGUCAAGAAAUGAAAUUAAUAAGUAAAUUUUAUCCAAAUGAUUUUGAUGAAGUAUUUCAAGUUGUUAAAGGAAAAACAAAUACAAAUGCAAGUUGUAGUGUUUGUUAUAUUACUGAUGAAUUUACUGGUUGGAUGACUGAAAGAGAAAAAGCAUUAGUAAAAGAAAAUUCUGAAAUUAUGAAACAAAUCCAAAUCAUUCAAAAACAAAAUGAAAGACUUAGAUCUCAAAUACUUUCUUUGAAAGAAAAGUUUAUUUAA